GUUUGUAUUCGUGCGCGUUAGCGUCGAAAUUCAAGGAUAUAUUUCCUACAAGCUCGUUCUAUAACCAGUCCUCUAAGAGCGGUUCAACCGCGUUUUGUAUAUCCUUGUUCUUCUCUUUGUUCAGCUCUUGCGAAUAUUAUAAUCGCGAUUUAAGGGACCCGCGAGUUUUUCUCCGCAGUAGUCGAUUACGGUCGUUUGGCUGACCUACCUACCUACACCCGCUUUUAUAAGUACACCACGUGUAUGCGCAAAGUAACAGUGAAUUCAGCGUGGUUUCGCGGAUCGCGUGUGUAUCUCGCAUGAUAAUAAGUGUCCUCCAAAUCAUUUUAUAUCAAUCAGCUGGUUGAGAGUUCAAUCAAUAAGUGCGCAACGUUCUCGUCUAAUUUUUAAAACGAUAGAACAACCGCGCGAUUUGUUUAAAAAUGUCUCGCAAAUACUUCAAGGAAAUUCCCAUUUACGUUGUUGAGAAUCACGACGAGAUACUGCCGUUCAUUUACCGUUGCUUGGGUUCCCGGCACCUUCCGUUCGAGGGUAAUACUUUUAUCCAUCUUGAUUCUCACCCAGAUAUGUUGAUCCCGAAGGAUAUGCAGGCAGACGUUGUCUGGGAUAAAAACCAGCUUUUCGAUGAAAUCAGUAUAGAGAAUUGGAUGCUUCCGGCGGCGUAUGCGGGUCACCUGAAGCACCUGAUCUGGGUGAAGCCGCCCUGGGCUACGCAGAUGCAAGACGGGGUCUCAACUUUCUUCAUUGGGAAGCACAAGGACAACGGAUGCAUAAGGAACCACCGCCCACUAGGCAUCGGUUUUAAUCAGGCGUUAACCCCUUUGUUCUCCGAUAGAACUUCUAAGCCCCGUUAUAAACUGGAGCCGGGUACAAGACUGACCAGUUCGGAGGCCUACUUCGUCAGCGAAGCCCUUUAUUGUCAUCCCGAGGAAUUGGAGAACCCGAGGGAAAUAACGUUGCACGUUAUCACGAUCGGAUCGCAGAUCGAAGAUUCGACCAAGAAGGACGAUUUCCCAGCGAUAGCUGCAGCUCUGCGUCGUUACAUUCCCGAAAGCGACACACCGUUCAUUCUGGACGUUGACUUGGAUUUCUUCAGCACGCGAAAUCCGUUUCGCGAUCUCUACGAACGUGCCGGACUCUACGAUCGUCUCGCGCCUCUUUACGCCUUCGCUCGACCGGAUUCGUCCGAUCCCGAGCUGCUUAAGGAGGCUGUGGCAUCGCGAGACGAGCAACUCAGCGAGCUCAAAUCACUUUUUGGGCAUCUCCAGGAGCACCGGAGUCUACGCGGAUACGAAAAAAGUGGAGAUACACGUCGAUUCGAAGCGGUGGAAAGGAUAUUUCGCGAGGUGACCUCGGUCUACAAGGAGUCCGAAGUCGACUGGAAUUUGGUGCACGACGCGGGGUGCACGAGGGAUGAUACGGACCUUCCGCACCACGUCACGUCCCAGCAGGACCUCGAUCGUUUGAUAACGGGGACGUUCAGGACAUUCCUUGCGGCGCUUCCGGCGAAACCGACGAUCGUCACCGUAGCCAGGUCCAGUUUGGACGACUACUGCCCAACCGAGGACGUCGAACUCAUUCAAGCCGGGAUCCUUGACGAACUAAGUCACCGGCUCGGAACCGUCGAUAUCAAGAGACCUUACCUCGAAGUCGAAGAAGCUACCUAAGCGAUCGAAGGAGAUAAAACGAGAGGUCCUGAAUCGCUCGAAAGAUGAUUUUUUUUUUUCAAUAUUCAUUUCCCAAUAAAUAGACUAAAAUUUUCUCUACAUAA